AUGUCAAUCCUUUUACUCACUACGCACUUACUACUUCGUGUACCACCUAGCACUGAAGUCAUGGACCAAAGAAUUCUCGAUGUUAUUGUUGUUGGUGGCUCUUUAGCUGGCCUUAUGAGUGCCCUGGUCCUCAAAGGCUUAGGUCAUAGAGUCCGCGUCCUCGAACGAUCGGGGCCUGCAAUCUUGCAGAGUGAAGCAGCUGGGAUACGAGCUGGUCCGGACGUUCAAACUAUCAUUGACCGAUAUGUCAAGGGCCACGAGUCUUAUGCGAUUACCGCUCGCAAAGUUGAGAUUGUUGAUAAGGAGGGCAAUGUUGUGAUGACAUUUCCACCUCAAGAAGCUGCGUACAUGACGACUUGGAGCACACUUUAUCAGAUGUUCAAGAACAGUUUUGCAGGAGUUGAGCCAAGUGAGGAUGUCAGAUACGAAACGGGAAAAAAUGUUGAUGAACUUGAAUACGAUGGGAAAAAGAUGAUUGUGAAAUUCCAUGAUAUUGAGGGUCGUAGGACCGAGACAACAGCAGACCUGGUUAUUGCAGCCGAUGGUUCUAAUUCAACAAUCAGGCGGAAGCUAUUACCUGAAGUGGCGCCUGAAUAUGCUGGAUACGUUACCUGGCGAGGUACCAUACCAGAAGAUCAAGUGUCGAAAGAGACGAGAAAUGCACUGUCUAAUGAUAUUGUAUUGUUGAGGACAGAAGAUGGCUACAUUAUUUCAGCUGUGAACGGUGCAGACAGAGGAAACAGAAAUGCCACGGCUUUCCGGUUUGCGCUAACUGCGCGAGUGCCAAUGAGUGGUCCGAAUCAAGCCCUCCUCGAGCGGAUAUCUUUUCUCGAAGCGCAACUCGCUGCAUACACGGAUAACCCCCCGGUUGCUGUUAAGCCUCAGCUCAAUUCUCAACCAGCUCUGGACCCGAGUCUAGUAGGCUCGCCCAUCUCUGCGGAGAAGGAACAGAAAAACCAUAACUUUGCCGACAUUGUUGGAUUCAUCAGUCUGGGCGGAGAUGGCGCCUAUGUUGGCUCAUCCAGUGGCUUCUCUCUGGCGAAGAACCUGGGGCAAAUGGUACAAGCUACGGUUUGGAACAAGGCGCUCGCAUCGAAUGUCUCUUCAAGCCAGCCUAAAGCAAUGACAAUUGCGGAUCUGAAAAGAAAUAGUGCUGGGCCACCGAAUGACAAAAUGGGAGACAGAAUCCUGGAUACCUAUUUUACUCGGGUACAUCUUCGUUACCCCUUUCUGGACAGGUCUGAGAUCAGGGAACGACAUGCGGGCCGAUUUCAGCAGAACAAUUCAUCACCACAAGACCAGUAUGCAACCUUCAAGAUGUACAUGAUCUACGCAAUCGGCGCGACGAUGCUUAAGCUUACAGAGCAGUAUGACUAUACGGCUCCUGAGAAUUUCUUCAUGACGGCCUUGCAAUAUAUCUCGGCUGCGCGAGAAUCCCAUUCUGUGCACAACAUCGAGGCCAUGACACUUCUCGUAUUGUACAAUUUGCGAUCACCUUCCAAUUCUGGCAUCUGGUACAUGAUUGGAUUGGCAAUUCGUACCUGUAUCGAUUUAGGGUUACAUCGGGAAGCCUAUUAUGGGCAUCUAACGCCAUAUGAGGGCCAACUGAGGAGAAGGCUCUUCUGGACUGUGUACUUCCUUGAGCGCGUCAUUGCUGUUUCUUUGGGUCGACCAUACAGUAUUGCGGAUCGCGAUAUUGAUGUUGCAAUGCCUUUGGAAAUAGAUGACACUGUUCGAGAUGAUGGCUUGAUCGCACGUACCUUGGCAGUCUCUCCUUCACCGACGUUCCAGAAGUCUCGGCCAUCUUCUAAUAUCACGCUUGCUAUACAAUGUUUCCGCCUGAAAAGGCUAGAAUCACAUAUUCAAGGUACAAUAUACCGCGUCGACAAACCGAUAUCAAGUCUAAUCUGCAAAAUAAACCCGAUAUUGAAAAUGCUAGAGGAUUGGCAUCGAGCGCUUCCACCGUCGUCUCCAUAUGAAACAGACUACUUGGGAAUGCAUUAUUACAAGGCAGUAAGAUUACUUUUGCAGCCAUUCUUGACAAUAUUGCCACCGUCCGAUAGACGAAUUGCACUUUGCCUUUUAGCAUCAGGUCAGCUGUGCCAGAUUUUCAAACGGCUUCACCAGAGAGACAGUUAUGGGCAUUCAUUCAUUGCCCUCCAUUCAGUCUUCAUAGCGGGGGUUACAAUGUGCUAUUGCCUUUUCACAUCCCCUAACCUCUGGACAUUCACAGUCUCAAACGACCUCCGCGCUUGCUCGAGUGCGCUCUUCGUAAUGGCCGAACGCACACCAGUCGUCAAAAAGUACCGCGACGCUCUAGAAAACGUAAUUGGCGCGACGAUGGAAUUUCUCGCUCAAGCCCCUCAGCCUAAGACACCGACAGCAAAAGACGGCGAAGCACCAGCAGCAAUCACAACCGAAACUCCGUCCACGCACGACCUACCAAACUCCCUCACAUCAUUCUCUCCUGGCUUCCCGGGCAGCGCUCCAGAAUCAUACGUGCGCUCAUCACCCAAACCACCAGACCCGAAAUCGAAAACUUUUACGGAUCCCGGUCUCGGAGUAGAGGAGCUGUAUGAUCCUAUAGGCAGAUCACCUGACCCAGACGACCUUGGUUAUAUGCCCGAGAAGCAUACGUCUCCUGGGUCGACUGGUAGAUGGGAAGGGCGACAUGGAGAACUGGGACAGAUGGAUGCGGAAUGGUUGUUGAGUUUGUGUGAGGGCGACGGUUUUAACUUGCAGAUGUUGAAUGAGAUGAUGAGGUUUGAACCUAGUUUGGGCGCUUGA